AUGCUGAAGGAGCAGGGUGAGGAGCUGGCGACCGUGAAGGCUCGGCUGAGUGCGAAGGAGGAUGCUCUGGCGGACGUGCAGGGUCAGUACACUUUGCUCUCUCGGACUCUGUAUAGAGCGAUGAUGUCUUCCUCGGUGAAGGAGGCUUCUCUUCGUCAAUCUCAGGCUCCUGCUGAGGAUGAUACAGAGGAGGAGAGAGCUCUUUUGACCCGGGCGGAUCUGAUCCAGUACAUCAGAGUCUUAGGGGGCGAUUGUGUCGCUGCUGCCGAGGACACCUACAAUUCUACUGUGGCCCAGCUGAAGUUGAAGAAUCCUGGGGUGGAAUUGGUGACCGAGGGGACCGGGCCAUAUCACCGUGUGGAGGGGGAUCAGAUCGUCUCUCCGAACUUUGGGGAAGAGCCAAUGACUCAGGAGGCCGAGGACGUCCAGAUGGAAGAAGGUGUAUGGUAG